AUGGUCAAAUCCGACGACGACGUCAUCAAAGAGUUUGGCGAGCUGGUCAACAUGAGCGCUACCGAGCUCGAGAAGUGGCUCAAGGGCAAGGACUCGACCUCGUCCGGAUGGACCAACGGCGAAGGUGGUGAGACCGUCGGUCAUCAGUCUGGCACCAAGAUCGUCGACAUCCUCAAGCGCAACCCGGACAAGAAGAAGGACAAGUACACCGACGACGACAUCAAGCACAUGCGCAAGGUCGUCAGCUACAACAAGCGCCACUUGGCCCAGGAAGAGCACUUGAAGCAGAAAAAGUCCAAGGAGGAGCUCCAGAAGACCAAGAGCUACAAGAGUCUCAAGACCGGCCAACCCGACGCAUCAUCAUCAUCAUCAGCAUCAUCAUCCAACUUCCGUUCGGACGUCGCCCUGCCCACCGCACUCAAUCUGGGCAAGAUCGGCACUUCUGCUACCACCGCCUCGACAGCAGCAGCAGCUUCUACCAGCAACUCCCGGUUGUCCAAUUCGGCAGAGUACCUCGACUCGUUAGAGGAAGGCGUCAACAAGACGAUCGAUGCAGAAGUCGAGACCUUGUUAUCGAGCUACAAGGAGCUCGUCUCGCUUGCCAGCAUCGCGGAUAAGGACAAGUACCGCGUAGCACAAGAAGCGUUCCAGACCGAGGCGAGAGCCGAUAUUAUGGUCCGAUCCACUCAAACCCUCUCUCUCCUCUCAGAAGCGCUCAAGCUCUCCCUUCUGCUGUCCAAAUCAUUAGAUCCAGCGCUGAACGACGAAGCCGUCGAGCUGAUCAAGAGCACCGAAGCGGAGAAGCUGCGCUGCGCCCUGCUGCUUGGCGAAAUCAUGGGGCUGGACGUCGGAAAAGCCGAGGAUCUCGUCAACGACAUGGAUCGCACCUUCAUCAAGACCCACACCGCCACAGAGGACUUGGAGGAUGACGAGAUGGAGGACGUCUCGGCGGGCUGA